CUGGAACACCAGUAUCCCGUCCGUCUAUGGUAGCCCCUGAGUUACCAGUAUCCCCUUCAUCACUGGCAUCCUGUGGGUCUCCAUUAGCAACUCCAUCACUGGCAGUCCCAUCACAAGCAUCCUCUUCAUCACCAGAAGCCACUCAUGGAUUGGCAGCCACUCCAUCACAGAAAGCCCUUCCUACUGGUACACUGGCAGCCCAUUUGUCACAGACAGCCCCACCGUCACAGGCAAGCCCGCCAUCACCAGCAGCCGCUCAGUCACCUCCCGCCCCUCCGUCACCGGCAGCACCUCUGUCGCCAGCAGUGCCUCUCUCAUCAGGAGAUGCUCCCAAGCCCGUCAUGCCGGAGAUUGUCUACCAUCCUCAUCUUGGCUGCAGGAUGUAUAGCCGCAGAGAUAUCAAGCCUGCAGUGGUCGGCCGCUUUGGACAAUCCCGUGGAAUGGUGGGCGAGGGAGCAUUUGCUCAGGUGACUGCAGUACGUUUACCUGAUAACACUGUAGCUGCAGCCAAGGUUCUGCAGGCACAUGAUUCGGAGGGACCACUCUGGCAAGAGAUAAUAGCUGUGGCAGCUGUGGGAGAGCAUCCCUCAUUCCCCAUGCUAUAUGGUGUGGUGGAGCAGAAGCCCAUCCGGACGAUGCUGUAUGAGUUUGUUGGCGAUAAGAACACCUUGUCUGUCACAACGCUACAGGACGCCCUGGACUGGACUGGUACUCCAUCUGCGCUCUCCCGUAAGACCUGGCUGCGUAUUGUGCGGAAUGUGUGUGAGGGCUUGCUUCACAUGCAUAACGUCGAUUAUGUCCACUGCGACAUCAAAGCAGACAACAUCUUGCUGUUUGAUGUCAAUGAUGGGAAAAAGACCAGACGGUAUGCCAAGAUCAUUGAUCUUGGCAAUGCUUGUCUUGAAGUUGCCGGUCCCUGGCUCCGUAUCCCAGAGCAUCUGAUCAAUCAGAUGUACCUGGAGUGUCCCCAGAUGGCUCCAGAGGUUAUGGAGGGGGACUCGCCCUUCAACAAGCCGGCCGAAGUCUACGCGCUGGGCGACCUGCUAAUUAAGAUCGGAAAGGCAGCUGGGAUUCGACGACUGCGAUGUGUUGGCAAAAAAUGCCAGCACGCCGACUUCAGAAAGCGGCCCACAAUGGCAGGAAUAUGUAAGAAGAUGUCUAAACACUGGAAGUAAACAUUUGAAUGUAGGGUGAGGACUUGGAAACAUGAUAUUGGUAGUUAAAGCAACCUUCCUAGAACAGCUCAGUGUCUGUGCCUCGAGAGUACCUUGCCCUUUCCAGUGUUUGUGCUCAUCGUGCAGCUUGCGAGUUUGGUGAAAAACAUUAGCUAAUUUAAUGCUCCAAAUGUGGUCACACUACUCAACAAAGUUCAAAUGUAUCAGUGUCUGUUGCCAAUGACCACAUCUCGUUUUCACCAAACUGCUCCUAGCGAGUGCAUUUCUUACAUUAAUCCGUCCAUAAAAACAUCCGGCCCAGUCGUUGUUUCAUGAGCCCAUCCUUGCCUUUCUAGUUGCAGGUUUAUUCGAAUAGUUUGCAGUGUCUUCUUGUCUGAUACACAUCCAGUAGGAAGAAAAAGCUCCAUAACAGUUGCCACCGUGAAACAAAAUCCCAACAAGUAGCAAAAUCCCAACAAGUAGCAAAAUCUGGAAAGCAAUAUACUCCAAUAAAAAUUCCCUUCCUUUCAUAAAUUUAUCAAUGAGCAGUUUUAGAGUUGGCCAGUGAAGUAAAUUCAAAUUUAAAAACAUUUCUGGGACAUCAGAUAAGAAAUCUGUCAUAUCAUCAAGCAUGCUUAGCUGAAGAUUCAUAUCCUAUGCCAUAAAAUAGUCCAUCCUAAGUGGAAAAAUUGAAUAAAGCACCCAAAUGUGUAAUAUUUUUUUAAUAGGAGAGGAGAAAAGCAACAAUGAUAACAGGCACAAUUUCUUUUAACAUUAAAAUGCUGCAACUUAUAUUUAGCAACCCACGUAUUUCAUUUGUGUUAUAUCUCAUCACUAACUUUGUCGCUGAGGUUUGCAAAAGUAAUUUUGGUACAUCUGUCACAAAAGAAUCCAAUGGAUGUAUAAUAAAGAAAAAUGUAAGUUAAUCAUCAGCAAUUUCGCAGAAAAAAAGUCCAAAAAGAUGCAGUAGUAGCUUGCAACUUAACUCGCAUGCAAUUAUUUUGAAGUGGUACAUCACGCUUCCAUUUGUUGUUUUUAAGCUCUGGCAGGAGCUUCUACCUGUCAGUCGGUUAGUCUGUCCCUGGAAACUUGACCAAAAACGGGCUCAUAAGUUUCCCAUAAAACAUAACUACCAAUUGACCAGAAAUUGACCAAAUGCAAUGCCGUCGUCAGUAAAUGCACUCUUGGCGAAAGUUUUUCGGCAUUCUGGAACCAGGCCAGAGCUUAUUGUGCACUCGCGCUUGUUUAAUUAGAAUGGAUAAAAUAUGAAAACUCUAUUAAAACUGGAAAUCAAAUGUUUUGAAGCCCUUUUGGCUCUGCAAAUUGUGUCAGAUAUAUUUGACUUUUUAUAAGUAACAGGUGAGUUUGAAAUAAAAAAGAAAAAUAAAAGGUA